AUGUAAACUCUUGAUUAAAUUGUUGAGGAUCUCUUCAAUAAAUUCACUUUCUAAAAACCGAUUAUUUGUCCUACACCUAAUAAACCUUAAAGGGUAUAAUCAGCCUUUAGAAGAAAACCUUAAAAUCCAUAAUAAAUUUUAUAAUAAGCAACAUAAAUUGUUGAAAAGAAACAGACUUUAUUAAAUACUAUUCAAUCAAUGAAAUUUUAAAGAAGCUAUACUGUUUGUAAGACUGAAGAAUCAAAUAAACCUAUUAAAUUUGAAAGAUAUCAAAUUUUAUCUAAAUUGGCUGUUGGAGCAUUUGCAACUGUUUUUAAAGCUUAUGAUAGAAUGACUGAUUCUUAAGUAAAAAUAAUAAAUACCAUAGUUUAGGUAGCAAUUAAAAAGUAUAAUUCUAAUCUAUUACAAUCAGAAUAAAAAAAACUAUUAUUUAAGGAGACAGAGAUAUUGAGAAAAUUAGAUCAUGAAAAUAUUGUUAAAUUUCUUGGAAUAUAUAAGAAUACAAUAGUUUUAGAAUUAAUUGAUGGACAAACAUUAACAAAUUAUUUAAAAAGUAAGUUUAAAAAUCAAUUAAAAAGAUUAACCAAAUAGAAGAUUAUAAGAUAAAGAAGCCAAACAAAUAUAUAUAUAAAUUCGAGAAGGCAUUAAAUAUUUGCAUUCCAAAAAUAUCUUUCAUAGAGAUUUAAAAUCAGAUAACAUUAUGAUAAUUAAUUAAUAAGUUAAACUAAUCGAUUUCGGACUUGCAUCAGAAAAUUAAUUAUGCUCAGAUUUUUGUGGUACUCCUGCAUAUAUGGCACCAGAAAUCUUUCAAAAAAAGCCUUAUGAUGGAAAAAAAGCUGAUAUUUGGGCUCUAGGAGUUUUACUGUAUUAAAUUCUUUGUGGAAAAGUACCCUUUCCAGGUAAAAAUGAUGAAGAAAUUAUGUUGGCACAAAUUCUAAAAUUCACUCUACCAAAAAUAAUUAGUAAAGAAUUACAAUAUUAGUUAUUACAUCUUUUAGAUAAAGAUCUUACUAAAAGAAAAUUAUGA